AGAAGUCAUUUUCCUGGCAUUAGGUUUGGUAGCAAAAAACUUGAAAGAUGUUUCGAUUUAUUAUAUUUAUUGGAUUGGCUUUGCUGAUUGGUAGAUCAAUACCAACAGCUGCAGAAACAUCUACAGCUCCAUCAACAAGAACAACAACCACUGAACUAACAUGUAUAAUAGCUACAGCGGCAUCUAUAGCUCGAUUAACAAAAAAUCCUGCACCGACAUGUAUAUCAGCUACAGCAACAUCUACAGCUCGAUCAUCAACAACAACCCCUGCCCCACCGUCUACAUCUCGCUCAGCAGUCACUGAACCAACAUCUACAACUCAAUCAAGACCACAUGCACCAACUUUAAGUUCAACUGUGCUAACAUCAACCACUCUGUCAUCAACAACAGCUGCACCGAGCUCAACAUCAACUGCAUCAACAUCGAUAUCAGCUGCAUUAGCAUCUACUCGAACACCAACAUCUACUUCUCAAAUGACAUCUCAACUUACAUCUACAACUCAACCAGCAAGUCAGUCUACGUCUUCAUCUCUAGAUUCAGUCCCACAAACAUUUGCUUAUGCAACUUUUAAAUUGAGAUCCUUUGUUGAGCUGAGCAAUGAUGAAAUCAUUACAUAUAUUGAAAAGUUUGUCAAGCACGUUCAAUCAAACAUUAGUGGGACCAUCAGGAUUACUGUGAAGAAAUCAAGAAAAUUGUUGGCCUAAGGAUCUGAUG